AUGCUAACGACGCAGUAAAGUGAACGAAAACACCAAGCUCCAACUGGACAUGGCGGCGCUAUUAAGAGGACUACAAGUAGGGAGGGUCUUGCGAAGUCUGGGCAGUGUGGCAGUGCAGAGAGCAGCCAGUCCUCAGUGCAGCAGCGUCCGACGAGGCUUCCAUCGUGCCGCCCUGCUGCGGGUGCAUGAUGACUCCAAGAAUCCCUCAUCAACCCAUCAUGAGCAUUACCAGGCUCACUCAUCAGCUCAGGACACUUCUGCAGAUGAAGGGACAUCUACUUCCACACAUGAGGCAUCUGCCGGUGGCACUGCCACAGGGCAAGAGGACCCCCAAGUUAACACAAGCUACCAAGAUCAGAGUGGGGAGCAGAAUGAGGACUAUGAGACGGAGGAGCAGCUUGCGGAGCGCAUCCUGACGGCAGCCCUAGACUUUGUCCCACAGUAUGGCUGGACUGUUGAGUCCCUCGCAGCGGGAGCAGAGACGUUGGGUCUGUCAUCUGCUUCUACUGGAAUGUUCAACAAUGGAGCAGGAGACCUGGUGCUUCACUUUGUUGGCCAUUGUAACGCUCAACUCACCGAGAUACUGGCAGAGCAGCACAAGCAGAUCCAGCUUGGCCAAGCUGAACCAAAGAAAACUGCAGAGUUUUUGAGAGAUGCAGUUGAGACACGGUUGAGGAUGCUGAUCCCUUACAUCGAUAUAUGGCCACAGGCAAUGAGCAUCCUGAUUCUCCCACAUAAUAUCCCACACAGUCUAAAGCAUCUGUCAACACUAAUGGAUGACAUGUGGUACUAUGCAGGUGAUCGUUCCACAGAUAUGAACUGGUAUACCAAACGGGCAGCAUUGACAGGGAUCUAUAACACCACAGAGCUGGUGAUGUUGCAAGACACUUCUCCCGACUGGCAGGACUCUUGGACCUUCCUUGACAACCGUAUUCAGGAUGUAGUCAACAUGGCUGGUACAGCAAAACAGGUGCAGUCCACUGGUGAGGCACUGGCACAGGGGCUUAUGGGAGCUGCAGUUACACUGAAAAACAUGACAGGGCUGAACCAGAGGAGAUGAAAUAGUGCACUUUUUGCUACAUCAGCAUCACCUCCACGUCUCUCACGACCUCUCCCCACCAUGAGUGUGUGCUCAAUACCCAAGCAAUGAUUGAAAGCAACCUUAAUGCAAGGGGUGGUGUGCUUUGCAUCUUUUAACUGUAAAGAAGGUUGAAGUGCCAUACCCAUCUUGCCUCUUUUUCAGCACAGUUUCAGCUGUUAGUGUCCACAUGACAACCCCCAACCUCCACCUUCCCCAGCCCAAAACCCAAGAACUCUUUCCAUUGUACUUCUGUAAAGUGAAACAAAUAAAUAGUAAAUGCAGUGCAUUAGCAUCUGCCCCUGUUGAGAAUUCUUCAAUAAAAUGUACUUAAUAUUU